GUAGGAUCGCGAGGUCAUGGCGCACUUUCUCUGCUUCAGUCACAGAACUUACGGAUUUAACUUUAAGGAUUGUCAAUAACGUUUAAUUUAAAUUAUUUUAAAGCCAUGUUGUGAGGAUUAAUAAAUUACACAGUUAUGUAAGUUAUUUUGGUUUUUAAAAUCCCUAGAUUUGAUAGUAUUUUGUGUCUUAGGUCUAAUAAGUCUAAUUAUAUAGAAAGAAAUAAAUUGUUUACUUAACUGACUUUAACUACUUUAUUUAAGUUAGUGUUAGUUAGUACUCUUACUACUUACUUAUGAUCUUAUCUUAGACUUAGACUUGAUCUUGCUUAUUCUUACUAAUCUUAGUCUUACUGACUCGUACUUUAGACACUUCAGUACUUUAAUCUAGUUAGGGCAGGGCUUUGCUUAGCUGUUAAGAUUUGGGCUAAGGCUAACGGUACUAACGGCUAAUGCCUAAGUCUAAGUUACUAAAAUUAAAAUGACUUUAACUUUAGGCAGGCUACUACUACUACUAGUUUGGUUAAUUGGUAUAGAACAGUCAUAGUAGGUAUGUCAAUUGUUAAGGUAAAUAUGAUAAUGAUACAAUCAGUAAAAGUAAAGGCCUAUUUGUUAAUUAUUAAUGUCAAGAGUUUAGUUUUGGCAGGGUGAAACUUCAUCCCCUGCUGGUCUGGCAUGCCACGAAGAAACAAACCCCAUGUGUCAACAUCGAGUUGCCUCGGGGGGUGCGGGACCCUGACUUAGAGUUAGAGGUGUUCAGUCACAAUCACCCCAGUUGCACCCCCUACAAACGUAAAUGCAUUUUAAAAAAGAUGACCUUUUUUUAUUGAUUACAAUUACAAUACAAAAAUAAACUUUUAGAGAAGUAAUUGGAAAAUUAAUUUGUGACACUUAAACUUGUACAUAAAAUGAAAUUAAAGUUUGAUAGAGUAAAAAUUAUGAUGAAGAAAUUUAAAAACUAUAUAAUAUAUAUCAUCAUGUAGGCUAGCUUAUUAUAACAAUUAUCAUUAGCAUGUCUACUUAAAAUCAUUAAUGGGUCCUCAUUUCUUAUAUAUAUGUAAUAUAAAAUAAUAUUAAUCACGUUUUUCGUACACUUUCUGAGCCUGAGAUGCCAUCUGAUGUAGGCUCGAAAAUAAGUUUUAAUAUUACUUGUUAUUAAUGUUAGUUUGAUAGCCAACAACUAGCUGUACACUACUUACACUCCUUUACAGUCUACAGUCCUAAAAUAAGACAAUUAGGGUUUGACUGAUUAAACAGCAGAUAAUCUUUUUUUGACAGAUUAAUAUAAGUAUUAUAAGUAUAAGCUGAUACCAGUAAUCACUUUUAAUCAGCCACCAGAAAAUAUUAUUUGUAAAUCUUAACAAGAAAUUAUUUAUUGCAUCUUUUGCUAGAUUAUAUAAAAGUUGUUCCAAAAAACAGUUAGUUUUGUGCAAGACUCUUAAAUAUUUAGUCUAAAAGCAGCCUCUUAAAAAUAUCCACCCACCCCCUAUCUUAAAAAAAUGUUUUUCCUUGUCUACUAAUUAAUACUAUUUGUGUAAUAUUCUACUUCUGUUAUUCUAAUUUCUAAAACAACCUUAAAACAAAUAUUUUAGUUAAAUUAUUUAUUCACUCAUUGUUUAAUUAAAAAAAGAGUAGCAUUUAUUAAUUUGUCAAAGAACCCCUGUGGCUCCAGAGCUGCAUGUUAUGACCACCACUGCUUCAGCUAUUCGAACUAUUAGUGACUUCUUCAGAAAAUGGAAAAAUGAAAUUAUUUUUUUUGAACAGCUACAUUUCGAUGAACUAUCUUUUACCUAAUAUUCAUAAUUUUUUACCUAGAUUAGAUAUUUACAAAUUUAUAUAAUAGUCAGUUUGCCAUGAUAAUGCUUGUCUGUUUUCUGCCAGGCAAACCAAACAUUAGUUCAAUAAAUGGCCGGAUAAACUAUGAAAGAGUAUAAUGAAUAUUCUAAAGAUUAUUAUUAAAAUUGGCAUUUUCAAAACUAACAAUUAUAAUGAAUUGACAACCAAUUAAUUUCCUUACCUGUACAACCCUAUAUAGUAUUGUAGUAGUAAUUGGUAGAAGGCCAUCCAGUAGGGGUAUACAAGAUACUCUUUAUUAUUUGAUUUGAUCAUUAAGUUAACCAAUUUCUGAUGGUCUAAAUAUUGCCUCUUUAAAAAAAAAAAAAUUCAGGGCUUUAUCCCUUUAUGGUUUUGCAAGUUGGUCCAGGCUCCAGGGCACUAAAGAUGAUGACUGGGCUGACAGAGUGAGCCACCUAUGGACAGUUGGAUUACUAACCUUCUUUGCAAUACUAGUUAGCACAGCACAAUUUGUUGGUGAUCCAAUACAAUGUUGGUGCCCAGCACAGUUCACUGGUAAGUCUUUGACUGGACAUCUUAUUGUAAGCCAGCUUUCAUGUGAUGGUUCUUCAAUCAUUAGUAUACAUGCAGGUGAAUUUAGUUCAGUAAAAAUACAAGAUCCAUUUUGAAUAUAUAUAAAACAGUAAUUGAAACACAAAGUUAUUUAAUUAAAUUGAUGUGAAAUUAGCUGGGCUGUAUUGUUGGUAUUUUUAUUGUCUUACAUGAUGAAGUUUGCCUUAAUCCUUCUAUUAAUGCAUCCUUAUUACAGGUUCAUACGUAAGCUAUACAAAAAAUAUUUGCUGGAUCAGCAACACCUACUACAUCCCAAUGGAUGACAGCAUUCCCAUAAAUAUUCAGGAGAGACAUGAAAAAGAAAUCAGCUAUUAUCAAUGGGUCCCCAUAAUAUUUCUAUUUCAAGCUCUGAUGUUCAAGGUAUAAAGAUAAACACUAUUUCUAACAUUUGAUUACGUUUUUAAGAGAUUAAGUAGUGAGAAAUUUGCUCUGUUUUUUUAAAAAUACAUCAGCGUAAAACGAUGUCAGUCUAACACUUAUUUUUGGCUCUCCCAAUUAUGACCUUAUUAAUGACUUUCAUUAUGCCCUAAGUACCGUUCUGUGGUGCCCCUUCAUGCAGAUGUGAUUUUUAUGUAGACAUUAAAAAAUCUUGUUCUAGAAGCUAUGACAACGUUUGAGAAAUGUGUGCUAUCUAUAAAAUUUUAACAAGAAAAGGAUAUACUUGAAUGUAACCACAAAUAGAUAUACUUAGGUGUGACCACAAAUGAGGGUUAGACUCUGAUAAAGUUUAAGUAGAUUAACAGACACAUAACAUGUGAAACUUUAUUUAUGAUCUAAACCAAGGGUCUCCAAACUUUUCAGCCCGAGGGCCGCAUUAACUAUCAAACAGCAGUUCUGUGGGCCCACUACACACUUGAAUUCCAAAUAAAAAAGAAUCAAAACAUGGAUGUUGUUUUUAAUUAAAUAUGUAUUAUCAUUUCAUUCAGUUAUUAUUUAAUAACACAUUGAUACACGACACCUGUAUAAGUGGGAAUGGUGAAAUUGUUUCCUGGAUGCAAAAAUAGCCGUGAUUAGCAGUCAUUUCUGGAUUUAGAUUUGAUGUCCCUAACAUCAACAGUGACCUGAGAUUAUCAUAGGAAAUUUUUUCUCAAAUUGUUCUUCACGUAUUUCGUUCUUGAAAAUGUUUGUUCCCACAGGUAUGUUGUUCGAAAGUUGAAAGGUACAUUGAUGCAAAUGUUUUGAAAUUAGGAAAGUCUUCCUUGGGCAAAAACUAGUGAAAAACCCACCGGUCCUUCUUUAAACUUGUCCAUAAGGAGGUCAUUUGCUUGCAACUCAGUGACCUCAAGGUGCAGUUCAUCUGGGCGACUAGUCACAUUUGCUUCAAAUGGGUUUUGAAAAGUAUCACUUCUUCUGCCUUUAAAUCCAAGUCAGAAAACCACUGCUGACACUGCAGCUGGGGGGGGGGGGGACCAGCUGUCCAGCGAUCAUCCAUUGCAAAUAAAAAUUGGCGAAACUUGCUUGCAUUUUUCGCUAUUUGAGUCACAAUGUUUUCACCCUUGUCUGCAACACAGCGGGAAAAGCUCCGCCUUUAGAUGACGUUAUAUCAUCUCAUUGACUGUGGUUGGAAGUAGAAAAACUAAGCAGCGAAUAAGGUUUUGCCAAGAAAUGAUCGGUUAGAAAACAUAGCACGCUACUGCAUGUCUUUAUUUUAAUUCGGUAAAAAUAUAACCUCCACAAAAGCGGCGUCUGAUCUUGGCAGGGUACACGUAAAUUUCAGUAAUUUUUGUCGUAGACAAAAAGGUCUCCGCGGGCCGCAUGAGAGGGAGACCCCUGAUCUAAACAGUCAUUUAGGCAGUAUGUCUUCCGUGAUUAACUAAAGAAUGGUGAUAAUGAUAAUACAAUACUAAGAGUGGCGUAGCUAGCGUAAGUACUGCCCGGGAUGGGCCAAGCUGCCACCCUUCCAUGAAAAAAACUCUGCACUAGGCCAACAUUCUGUCCCCCAAUAUAUGGAAAUAAAGUGAUGCCUAGCUAUACUAAUAGACCAAGUUUCAUUUUAUUUUUAAAUAAAAAGAGUGUUUCUGAAGGGAAUUAAAGAUGGCACCAGGGAAACCUGGGGAUGAAAGUUAGAACAUUUCAUUCAAGUACCUUUAGUAUUUAAAAAAAUAUAUAAGCAUUUAUUUAAGUACCGAGUAAAUAAAUGAAAUCAAUCAAUAGAGGAAAACUAUUUUUGUAAAAAUAUUAAAAACAAGUACAAACCUGCUUUUAUCUUAAUACAUGUUUUAAAGAGUCUGCUACAUUUUCAUUGGAGAAAAAUCAGAUCUGAUAUAGUGACAGCAGUAAAAGAAAAGGGGGACAGAAAAUAUAUUUAUUGAAUAUUUUGUGUUAUAUAAUCUUUGCUUAUGCAAAAGUAUAUUUGCUCAAACAGUUCUAUUGCAUACAUUAUUUUGUGUUAAUACCUUUUUUAUUUUCUUCAUCCUUUAGCUACCAAAUCUUAUUUGGAAAAUGUUAAAUGAUAGCGGGGGUCUCAACAUAGACAAGAUAAUUUCUUUAGCUGAAAGUACACAGCUUGGGAAACCGGAAGACAGGGAAAAGUUCAUCUACCAAGUAGCCAAAUAUAUUGACCGGUGGUUGAAAGCCCAUCGCCAGUAUCAUUACAACCUGUUGGUGAGACUCAGACAGCGUUUUGCCAAUGUCUUCUGUUUCUGGUUCGCCAAGCGAGAUGGGAAGUAUUUGACUGGCUUCUAUUUGUUUAUCAAGCUGCUUUAUGUUGCCAAUGUAAUAUUUCAGUUUUUCAUCCUAAAUUUCUUUUUGUCCAUGGAUUAUAGUGUGUAUGGAUUGGAAGUUAUUCAAAGUCUUAUUAAAACUGGAGAGUUUAAAGACUCUCCCAGAUUCCCACGUGUCACCUUGUGUGACUUUGAAAUUCGCCAGCUUCAAAAUCUUCAGCGUUAUACUGUGCAGUGUGUCCUCCCCAUCAAUUUGUUCAACGAAAAAAUUUUCAUAGUCUUGUGGUUUUGGUAUUUGCUGGUUGCGGUUAUUACAACGUUCAAUUACCUGUCCUGGCUCUAUCAUGUUCUUUUUGGGGGGAACAGAUACAAAUAUGUGAAAAGGUUUUUAAAGCUUGGGGACAACCUGAGCAGCAAGUCAGAUAGUAAGCUAGCCAAAAAGUUUGCCAAUGAGUACUUGAGAGAUGAUGGAGUAUUUGUGUUAAAAAUUGUUGCCAAAAAUUCCUCAGAUCUGGUGCUCAAUGAUCUUGUCAAUUACUUGUGGAUGUUCUUUAAAGAUAAUCCACACGUGGCAACAGCUUAUGAGAAAAAGCUAAGAGAUGCAAAGAUGAAUGGUAAGCAUGCAAUAUCAACCCUGGAGAUGGAUCCAGAGGAGUUACGAGAGAUUAACCAUAAGUUAUAAUAAAUCUAUAAUGACUAAAUCAAUCCAUCAAAGUGCAUAUAUAUUUUUUUUAAACUUGUUUAAAAAGGCAUUAAGGAGACUUUCAAGUUUCAAUUUUUCCAUCACACAAUACCAAAAUAACCUGUACUGUACUGGGAUAGAUGAGUGUCAUUGUAUAAAUAAGUGUUAUCUUGUUAUUAGGUUUGGGCAGUUCCUUGCGGUUUUGUUAUCUGCUUGCAGUGGCCCCUGGUUGACAAAAUCUUAAUUAUAUUAGACUGACAUGGAAUGGAAGUGUUAGCAUAUCCCAAAUUUAAAAAAAAAGAAACGUUGAUCUGCAUUUAUGUUUAAAGUAACGCCUAUAAAUAAUAGAUUGUUUUUAAAUGAUAUGUAUGCUUUAGAAUCAAAAGUAGGAAACUUUAGAAUCAAAACUCAUGAAACUUUAGAAUCAUAACUUAUGCAACUUUAGAAUCAUAACUCAUGCAAUUUUAGAAUCAUAACUCAUGCAACUUAUAUAUCAUUUAAAAUGCGGCAUUAACUAAUACCCAAAGCUUUGAAAGAAAGCACAAAGUGUGUCUUAUUACAUGCAUGUUAUUUGUUGACUAGAAAUGUUCCAUCUAUUUUUGGCACACCUUGU